AUGCAGGUCUGGGACAGGAACGGCAUCCCUGGCCCGCCGAUAUGUCUGCCUUCCGGCGCAUUCUUGGUGUAUGCGAUCUCUGGCGAGGGCCACCCAGGCAACCCCGGUGCUCUGCAUGUACUGCAUGGGACCCAGGUCCUGGACAUGCUCCUGAUGAGCCCGCCGGAGUACCAGGGCGUGACAGGCCUCUGGUCAAUCCCUGUGUCGCCCUCUGUCGCCACCUCUGCCCUGGUCGUCAUCUCCUUCACCUCUGGCAGUCGCGCCAUGGCUGCCGGCAGCACACUGUCAGAUGUGACCGAAACAAUCGGGCUGGACGCUGACAGCCAGACAUUGGAGGCUGGGAGCAUUGCAAACCUCCUUUCUGCUCAGGUGACCAGCAAGGGAGUCAUUCUCUGCUCCAUGCAAUCUUGGGCUGCGGAGGGCUCUUAUGGCAGCGGGAGCCAUGAGCCCCCUUCAGAAGAUCUGAGGCCAAGGAAGAGGUCGAGUCCUUCUGAUGAGGACUUUGAGCCAUCCAUCACCAGCUCAGAGGAGUCAGUCAGUGCCCGGCUGGCACAUGCGGACGGGGCUUGGUCCUGCGCAGACAGUGCUGCAGAGCCCUCAGAGGCCUUCUCCAGCUUGAAACUCGAUACCAUGCCUCAGAGAAGGGAGAAGGGAAUGGUGUGGGCGCCACCUGGAGGGGCGACAAUCUCAUGUGCCUGUGUGCUGGAGGGGUUUGUGCUGAUCGCCUGCCCCAAGCUGAGGAGGCUGACAGCCUUGGCGCUGAUCCAAGAUGAGGACAUAUCAGCGUGUGGCAACUUUUCCUCUGGCAAGCGAAAGCGAGGAGUGCUGAACCAGCGGUUAAUACAGGCAGCUGAGAUGGGAAUAGACGCUGAGCUGUCCUAUCUGACAGAUGUGCCAGAGAGCGUCUUGCUCCUCAAAGGGUCUGGAUCACAUUCACGGAUGCAGGAAUGCAGUGCAGCCUCUUCAAGCGAGGACGUUGCUGCGUCCAACUGGCAGAUGCGAGUUGUUUGCGUCAGGAGAUUUGCAGCGGUCCCAGUCCGACUGACCCCUUUGCCCACUGACAUGCAGGCAGAUGCGCUUGCUGUUGGAGAGCGAGUGUCCCUCCUGAGCUUCUCACCUGGGAGCGGCAGGAUCCAAUUGGACUACAUUGACAUGGCUGACCAGCUCAUGGUCUCCCAUGCAGUCCCUCUGAUGGACCUGUCAGACAUAGACAGCGGGAAGUCCACAAGGUGGUCAGGGACUGCGGCCGUUGUUGUGGACCGCCAGUGCGUCAAUGAGGAUCCUCUGCACUGUCCCCAGGACAUUUUUGGCCGCGCAGGCAGCUACAUGACGCUCGUGGCAGGCCUGCCCACUUUCCUCUGUACUACCUUUGGUGCAGACAGGUGCAAGCGCGCCUACUUUGCUGUGGGCUUCGAGGUGGUGAAGCACAAUCAUCCUGGGCCAGGGAUGCCAGCCUGUGGCCACAUCAUGGUCGUCAGCGCAGAUGCAUACGGCAUCAGCCCUGUGGCCAACCUCAUGCUGCCAGAUCCUGUCCAAGCCGUGGCCUACCUCAGGGGUGCGGAUGAGAACGCGCUCGUUGCUGCUGUGGGCAACCGCCUGGCCCGCUUUGACUGCAUCAGAGAUGGCCAGAGGACCCGCCUUGGGGCAAAUGCCUGGACCUCUAUGCGCGAGGAGGCAAUCUCCCUUUCAGUGUCAGGGGACGGCAUCAUUGCGGCUGCAGGGAAGACACAAUCUGUGACGCUGUACAGCUACAGCCCCGACAGCGGGUUCGAGGUGCUCUGCGCGGACCCAUGCAGCCGUCGCGCAGCUUCCUGCCUGAUCACCUCGGAGUGCCGGGGAGAUGAAGCACUUGAGACACCACAGAGCGCUGUGUGCUUGGAUGCGGAUGGGGGUCUGUACGGGUUGCGCUUUGAGCGUGACGAGCGAGGCCUGCAGCGCAACAUGCAGAUGGACAUGCACUUCCACUGCCGAGGACUUGGCGUGUGUAUUGUUGAAGGGAGUCUGACCUGCAUCGGCAAAGAGGCGAGGGGCACGGCGCCAAUUGUGUGCACGGCAGAAGGCGCUCUGGUGCAGCUAUCGGCGCUGAGUGCGGGGGACUAUGCUGUGCUGGCAGCCGUGGAGGCCGCCCUGGCGCGCAGCAGCCUGGCAGGGCCGCUCUCUGGGGCCAGCCACAGCGCCUUCCGAUCCGCAGUUGAGGCCAGCGCUGGCGGCAAUAAGACCCUAGCCCACGGCCUCGCAGGUGGCAGCUUGCGAGCGAUUGAUGGUGAUAUUCUGGCGCAACUGGUGCAGCUGCCAGACAGGGAAGUGCAGCUCAUCCUGGGCAGUGUGACUGAAGGCGACUUGCCAAAGAUCCAUGCAGGGGACCUCAUGCUGACAGGGCCCCUUCUGGCCCAGGCGACAUCUCCGGCAUAUGUGCUGGACCUCCUAGAUCGAGUCUUGAGCAGUCAUGUUCUCCCGGAACAGUGGUGA